CAAACACAACAAACACAAGCCGGUGAGCACAGACGGAACAGAGGCACUGACUGGGGAAGAAGAAGAUGACGCCUUUGAUGCCUCAAAACCAGAAACGAAGAUCCCAGGCGAGUGACACAUAUGCCUUGGGAACAACUCUGCCCCGGAAGUACAAGGCGCACGCCCGUGAUUCAUGGAAUACAUGGGAGCUCCUAGUCAUAUCAGGAAGCAUGGUCUCUCUGCUUUACAUCUGGCUGUGUUCCCAGAGCUUCCAUUUCCAUGUGGCACAUCUUUAUGCUCACUUGGGGUACCCCAGUGCCCAGCAUAUUGUUGGCCAGAGAUACCUGAAAGGAGCUGGUGUGGUGAAGGAUCAAGAGAUGGCAAUGCACUGGUUUAGACGAGCCUCCCAGCAGGACCAUCCUCAUGGUUCCUUUAACCUUGCAGUCGGAAAACUGAAAAACAUGACUGGCUCCAUGGCAGUAGGGGACAUAGAGAUGCUCCUUCAUGUUGCUGCAAGACAGGGGAUCCAAGAGGCCCAAGAAAUUCUGGAGAAUAUUAUUUGGACUAAAAGCAAGCCCUUGCAAACUAAAAGAGUGGGGAGUUUUUUAUAAACAUUAACACAUGUCACGCAUGCUUUUUCUGAAGCAGGAUCUGUGUCUCACUCAUCAACUGUGGCCUUGCAGUGUUUUGUGGAACUGUCAGUGGAAGUGGCUUUUACUUACAGUUUUAUAUGCUGCUGCAUCUUCAAUUUGCUGUUCCAAGUCCUUUAAAGCAAUAGUACCCAACCUUUUUGGCACCAGAAAUUGGUUUCAUGGAAGACAAUUUUUUCCAUAGACCAGGGGAUGGGCGGGGGAUGGUUUCGGGAAGAUUCAAGCGCAUUACAUUGAUUGUGUGCUUUAUUUCUUUCAUUAUUUCAUCAGCUCCACCUAGAUCACCAGACAUUAGAUCUCAAGGCUGGGUACUCCUGCUUUAAAGCAAGGUGUUGCCUAUAUGUUUUCCUGGGGUCGGAGUUUGACCUCGUCUGGAUGGAGAGGUAUUUUCUUUUGCUUGCAUGACUGCUCACUCAGUUAAGUUUCAAGUCAGUGAGCAUUGUACACAGUGGUGGGAGGGACGGAAGAAACCUGUCACACUAGAGACUUGGCUUCUUGGAUGUGUGAGUUGGCACCCACACAUCCACGGUGAAGGAGCUAAACUCUUCAUUAGCCUAAUCUAUGACAUGUGGUGUUCUGCUUAAAAUAAACUUGUUUUCAUCUCUA